AUGGUCUUGGUUUCAUCGUUAAUUGUUUUUCAGCUCGCACUAGUAUUUUGGAAAGCUGGUAACAGACUAUUCCAUGCAGCUGCUCUUCUUCAAAAAUAUAUCAUCUAUAAAGAUAUGAAGAAAACAUUUAGUAUGGAAGAAGCAAUGGAUCAAGCAACACGUGUUCUUCUGGCAACACUUGCCAUACCGGACGGAGCUGAUAAUCCGUCUGAUUUAACGCGCCAUCUGGAUAUUGAGGAACAACACAUUGCAAAUAUGCGGUUGCUGUCGAAUCUUCUUCGUUUACCAGUAGCGCCUACAAGAGCUGGAAUUUUAAAAGAAAUCACUCGUCUGAAUCUGCCGGAUGUUGCUGUGGAAAGUGCACGUACUCUAUAUCGGUAA